AUGGAUGCAGAUUCAAGUGUUGAUUCGUCAGGCGCAUCCGAGGAAAGAAAGGAAGAAGUGAACCGGGAUGUGACUCUUGGAGAGCAUCUGCGCCAUCUGAACCAGCCAAGUAUGAUCACUGAAGAGGACGAAGACUCAUUGGGCUCGACGGAUCUGUUUGAUGCUCCGAAGAGUGGUUUGGCUAAGUCCAAGCCCUUGCUCGCCGCCGCAAUUAAAGCUCGUGAGCAAGCUGACCAGCUGGAACGAGAGCAACAAACUAAACCGGGCAAAUUAGUCAACGAGUCCCAGUCCAAGGAACCAAGCAGGAAGUGGAGCAUUGAAGAAACAGUUUACGGAUUUCAUCUUCGCGACCUGAACCAACCUGUAGUGAUCACUGAAGAGGACGAAGACUCAUUGGGCUCGACGGAUCUGUUUGAUGCUCCGAAAAGUGUUUUGGCUAAGUCCAAGCCCCUACUCGCGGCCGCAAUCAAAGCUCGUGAGCAAGCUGACCAGCUGGAAUUGGAGGAACAAACGAAUCGCAAUGCGACUCUUGGAGAACAUUUGCAUGGCAUGAACCAACCCUCCACUAUCGCGGAGGAGGACGAAGACUCAUUGGGCUCGAUGGAUCUGUUCGAUGCUCCGAAGAGUGGAUUGGCAAACUCCAAGCCGUUGCUUGCCGCCGCAAUCAAAGCACGAGAACAAGCUGAUAAUUUUGAAAGAGCAGAACCAGCCAAACCAAUGACAACUGUGGAGGAAGACCAGGAGUCUAUUUUGGAAUCUGAUUCUUCAUCAAGUUCUGACUCCACUCCGACAACGUCUGAUUCUCCAGAAAAGGAUGCACAAGCAGCUGCAGGAGCAGACGUUUUUGAAGAUGCGAAUUUGAGUCCUUCUACUGAAACUACGCAAUUACUCCCCUUUAUCCAACUUGAACUUGCAAAUGUACCACAAAGUGCAUACCUGAUGGAUGCAGAUUCAAGUGUUGAUUCGUCAGGCGCAUCCGAGGAAAGAAAGGAAGAAGUGAACCGGGAUGUGACUCUUGGAGAGCAUCUGCGCCAUCUGAACCAGCCAAGUAUGAACACUGAAGAGGACGAAGACUCAUUGGGCUCGACGGAUCUGUUUGAUGCUCCGAAGAGUGGUUUGGCUAAGUCCAAGCCCUUGCUCGCCGCCGCAAUUAAAGCUCGUGAGCAAGCUGACCAGCUGGAACGAGAGCAACAAACUAAACCGGGCAAAUUAGUCAACGAGUCCCAGUCCAAGGAACCAAGCAGGAAGUGGAGCAUUGAAGAAACAGUUUACGGAUUUCAUCUUCGCGACCUGAACCAACCUGUAGUGAUCACUGAAGAGGACGAAGACUCAUUGGGCUCGAUGGAUCUGUUUGAUGCUCCGAAAAGUGGUUUGGCUAAGUCCAAGCCCUUGCUCGCGGCCGCAAUCAAAGCUCGUGAGCAAGCUGACCAGAAGGAAUUGGAGGAACAAACGAAUCGCAAUGCGACUCUUGGAGAACAUUUGCAUGGCAUGAACCAACCCUCCACUAUCGCGGAGGAGGACGAAGACUCAUUGGGCUCGAUGGAUCUGUUCGAUGCUCCGAAGAGUGGAUUGGCAAACUCCAAGCCGUUGCUUGCCGCCGCAAUCAAAGCACGAGAACAAGCUGAUAAUUUUGAAAGAGCAGAACCAGCCAAACCAAUGACAAUUGUGGAGGAAGACCAGGAGUCUAUUUUGGAAUCUGAUUCUUCAUCACGUUCUGACCCCACUUCGACAACGCCUAAUUCUCCAGAAAAGGAUGCACAAGCAGCUGCAGGAGCAGACCUUUUUGAAGAUGCGAAUUUGAGUCCUUCUGCUGAAACUACGAAAUUAUUCCCCUUUAUCCAACUUGAACUUGCAAAAGUACCACAAAGUGCAUACCUGAUGGAUGCAGAUUCAAGUGUUGAUUCGUCAGGCGCAUCCGGGGAAAGAAAGGAAGAAGUGAACCGGGAUGUGACUCUUGGAGAGCAUCUGCGCCAUCUGAACCAGCCAAGUAUGAUCACUGAAGAGGACGAAGACUCAUUGGGCUCGACGGAUCUGUUUGAUGCUCCGAAGAGUGGUUUGGCUAAGUCCAAGCCCUUGCUCGCCGCCGCAAUUAAAGCUCGUGAGCAAGCUGACCAGCUGGAACGAGAGCAACAAACUAAACCGGGCAAAUUAGUCAACGAGUCCCAGUCCAAGGAACCAAGCAGGAAGUGGAGCAUUGAAGAAACAGUUUACGGAUUUCAUCUUCGCGACCUGAACCAACCUGUAGUGAUCACUGAAGAGGACGAAGACUCAUUGGGCUCGAUGGAUCUGUUUGAUGCUCCGAAAAGUGGUUUGGCUAAGUCCAAGCCCUUGCUCGCGGCCGCAAUCAAAGCUCGUGAGCAAGCUGACCAGCUGGAAUUGGAGGAACAAACGAAUCGCAAUGCGACGCUUGGAGAACAUUUGCAUGGCAUGAACCAACCCUCCACUAUCGCGGAGGAGGACGAAGACUCACUGGGCUCGAUGGAUCUGUUCGAUGCUCCGAAGAGUGGAUUGGCAAACUCCAAGCCGUUGCUUGCCGCCGCAAUCAAAGCACGAGAACAAGCUGAUAAUUUUGAAAGAGCAGAACCAGCCAAACCAAUGACAAUUGUGGAGGAAGACCAGGAGUCUAUUUUGGAAUCUGAUUCUUCAUCAAGUUCUGACCCCACUUCGACAACGCCUAAUUCUCCAGAAAAGGAUGCACAAGCAGCUGCAGGAGCAGACGUUUUUGAAGAUGCGAAUUUGAGUCCUUCUGCUGAAACUACGCAACUACUCCCCCUUAUCCAACUUGAACUUGCAAACGUACCACAAAGUGCAUACCUGAUGGAUGCAGAUUCAAGUGUUGAUUCGUCAGGCGCAUCCGGGGAAAGAAAGGAAGAAGUGAACCGGGAUGUGACUCUUGGAGAGCAUCUGCGCCAUCUGAACCAGCCAAGUAUGAUCACUGAAGAGGACGAAGACUCAUUGGGCUCGACGGAUCUGUUUGAUGCUCCGAAGAGUGGUUUGGCUAAGUCCAAGCCCUUGCUCGCCGCCGCAAUUAAAGCUCGUGAGCAAGCUGACCAGCUGGAACGAGAGCAACAAACUAAACCGGGCAAAUUAGUCAACGAGUCCCAGUCCAAGGAACCAAGCAGGAAGUGGAGCAUUGAAGAAACAGUUUACGGAUUUCAUCUUCGCGACCUGAACCAACCUGUAGUGAUCACUGAAGAGGACGAAGACUCAUUGGGCUCGAUGGAUCUGUUUGAUGCUCCGAAAAGUGGUUUGGCUAAGUCCAAGCCCUUGCUCGCGGCCGCAAUCAAAGCUCGUGAGCAAGCUGACCAGCUGGAAUUGGAGGAACAAACGAAUCGCAAUGCGACGCUUGGAGAACAUUUGCAUGGCAUGAACCAACCCUCCACUAUCGCGGAGGAGGACGAAGACUCACUGGGCUCGAUGGAUCUGUUCGAUGCUCCGAAGAGUGGAUUGGCAAACUCCAAGCCGUUGCUUGCCGCCGCAAUCAAAGCACGAGAACAAGCUGAUAAUUUUGAAAGAGCAGAACCAGCCAAACCAAUGACAAUUGUGGAGGAAGACCAGGAGUCUAUUUUGGAAUCUGAUUCUUCAUCAAGUUCUGACUCCACUUCGACAACGUCUGAUUCUCCAGAAAAGGAUGCACAAGCAGCUGCAGGAGCAGACCUUUUUGAAGAUGCGAAUUUGAGUCCUUCUGCUGAAACUACGCAAUUACUCCCCUUUAUCCAACUUGAACUUGCAAACGUACCACAAAGUGCAUACCUAAUGGAUGCAGAUUCAAGUGUUGAUUCAUCAGGCGCAUCCGGGGAAAGAAAGGAAGAAGUGAACCGGGAUGUGACUCUUGGAGAGCAUCUGCGCCAUCUGAACCAGCCAAGUAUGAUCACUGAAGAGGACGAAGACUCAUUGGGCUCGACGGAUCUGUUUGAUGCUCCGAAGAGUGGUUUGGCUAAGUCCAAGCCCUUGCUCGCCGCCGCAAUUAAAGCUCGUGAGCAAGCUGACCAGCUGGAACGAGAGCAACAAACUAAACCGGGCAAAUUAGUCAACGAGUCCCAGUCCAAGGAACCAAGCAGGAAGUGGAGCAUUGAAGAAACAGUUUACGGAUUUCAUCUUCGCGACCUGAACCAACCUGUAGUGAUCACUGAAGAGGACGAAGACUCAUUGGGCUCGAUGGAUCUGUUUGAUGCUCCGAAAAGUGGUUUGGCUAAGUCCAAGCCCCUACUCGCGGCCGCAAUCAAAGCUCGUGAGCAAGCUGACCAGCUGGAAUUGGAGGAACAAACGAAUCGCAAUGCGACUCUUGGAGAACAUUUGCAUGGCAUGAACCAACCCUCCACUAUCGCGGAGGAGGACGAAGACUCAUUGGGCUCGAUGGAUCUGUUCGAUGCUCCGAAGAGUGGAUUGGCAAAGUCCAAGCCGUUGCUUGCCGCCGCAAUCAAAGCUCGCAAGCAAUCUGACCAGCUGGAAUUGGAAGAACAAACGAAACGCAAUGUGACGCUUAGAGACCAUUUGCAUGGCAUGAACCAACCCUUUACUAUCGCGGAGAAGGACGAAGAUUCUCUGGGAUCAGCAGACCUUUCCGAUUCUUUGAAGAGUGGAUUGGCAAUGUCCAAGCCCUUGCUUGCUGUCGCAGUCAAAGAUCGUGAGCAAGCUGACCAGCUUGAAUUGGAAGGAGAGACGCAGCCAACUGGGAAUUUUGGAGUGCAUUUGGACCGUUUUAACCAGCCCACUACAGUUGUUGAGGACGAGGAGGAGUCUUUAGGGUCUAAUGUUCUGUUUGAUCCUCCCAAAAGCGCUUUGACGAACUCAAAACCUUUGCUUGCAGCUGCAAUUAAGGCAAGAGAACAACUUGAUGAUCAACCUGGCGAAAUACAAAUCAAGAUCGUUAGUAUUGACGAGCAGAAGUCGUCUGAUAGUGCCAAGAAGAUCACAAAUCCCAUCGAAGGCGAAGGUAAAGACUUGAGCGAAUCUUCAUUGGAGAAGAACACCAGUGGGAAUUCAGGCCUCGAUUCUGCGGAAUAUCUUUCUACUGUAGUGAACACAGUACCCAAUGGACGAAAUGACGGAAGUUCUCUGGACGACUCUAGUCUUUCUACAGGUGAGCUGGAUGAGCUGGAAUAUCUCUUUCAAGUAAUGGAAGAAGGAGACGAAUACGAUAAAAAGCGGCUCUAUGAUUUGGACUUAAUUGCGAAGAGUGAAGCCGGAAUGGAGUUGGACCAAGAUGAAAAGAUGGAUCUUGCCAUUAUCAUGCAGAAUCGUCGAAAGGAACGAGCGUACCGAAACGAAUUUCGGGUUUUGCUUGACAAAAAGGAGAAGGGGAAGGAAGUGGACGAAAGUCGGCUUCUAUUUCUCGAAUUAUUCGCUCGCCGUCAUUUGGGGGAAAGCCUAUCAGAAGAUGAACUUGGCUAUUUGAUGGCAGUGGAGGAGGAAGCUAUGCUGUUAGAGAACUAG